UGUAGCUUCUUCAGUAUGUCUGGACGCGGCAAAGGCGGUAAGGGCCUCGGGAAGGGUGGCGCUAAGCGUCAUCGCAAGGUCCUUCGCGACAACAUCCAGGGUAUUACAAAGCCCGCUAUUAGGCGGCUGGCUCGUCGGGGCGGCGUCAAGCGUAUCUCCGGCUUGAUCUACGAGGAGACUCGCGGGGUGCUGAAAGUGUUCUUGGAGAACGUGAUCCGCGACGCCGUCACCUACACGGAGCACGCCAAGCGCAAGACUGUCACCGCCAUGGACGUGGUCUACGCGCUCAAGCGCCAGGGCCGCACCCUCUACGGCUUCGGCGAGUGUAAAAGUACCAACAAAAUCUACUUGGAGCUGGUGUACUUGGUGACGGCCUUGGUGCCCUCGGACACGGCGUGUUUGGCCAGCUCCCCGGGCAGCAGCAGGCGCACGGCCGUCUGGAUCUCCCGAGACGUGAUGCUUUCCUUGCGGCUGCGCUUGCGCUUCUUGCCGUCCUUCUUCUGCGCCUUGGUCACCGCCUUUUUCGACCCCUUCUUGGGCGCGGGAGCGGACUUCGCUGGUUCGGGCAUAUUCGGACUAUUACUCCUGGAUUACAAUGAACAAGUCUGUUGGGUGUUUGUACGUUCUGGAGUGGUUUUUUUCUGUCUCGUCAUAACUAUGUCUGGACGUGGAAAACAAGGAGGCAAAGCCCGCGCUAAGGCGAAGACCCGGUCUUCACGGGCUGGACUGCAGUUCCCUGUUGGUCGUGUCCAUCGCUUGCUUCGCAAGGGCAACUACGCCGAGCGAGUUGGUGCUGGUGCUCCGGUCUACCUCGCUGCAGUGCUGGAGUACCUCACCGCUGAGAUCUUGGAGUUGGCCGGGAAUGCAGCUCGGGACAACAAGAAAACUCGCAUCAUUCCCCGACACUUGCAGCUGGCCAUCCGCAAUGACGAGGAGCUUAACAAACUACUUGGCAAAGUGACCAUCGCUCAGGGCGGCGUCCUGCCCAAUAUUCAGGCCGUGCUGCUGCCCAAGAAGACCGAGAGCCACCACAAGGCUAAGGGAAAGGUUGCUAUGGCUCGUACCAAGCAGACCGCUCGCAAGUCCACCGGCGGCAAGGCGCCCCGCAAGCAGCUGGCCACCAAGGCCGCUCGCAAGAGCGCUCCGGCCACCGGCGGCGUGAAGAAGCCUCACCGCUACCGGCCCGGCACCGUGGCGCUGCGCGAGAUCCGGCGCUACCAGAAGUCUACCGAGCUGCUGAUCCGCAAACUGCCGUUCCAGCGGCUGGUGCGCGAGAUCGCGCAGGACUUCAAGACCGACCUGCGCUUCCAGAGUUCGGCUGUGAUGGCGCUGCAGGAGGCUUGCGAGGCCUACCUGGUGGGCCUCUUUGAGGACACCAAUCUGUGCCUCAGUUUCAAAAUGUCUGGACGCGGUAAAGGUGGAAAAGGCUUAGGCAAGGGCGGUGCUAAGCGGCACAGGAAGGUUCUUCGAGACAACAUCCAGGGCAUUACUAAGCCUGCCAUUCGUCGCUUGGCUCGCCGUGGCGGAGUCAAGCGUAUUUCUGGUCUUAUUUAUGAAGAGACCCGAGGUGUUCUCAAGGUGUUUCUAGAGAACGUCAUCCGCGAUGCCGUUACCUACACGGAGCACGCCAAGCGCAAGACCGUCACAGCCAUGGACGUGGUUUAUGCCCUCAAGCGGCAGGGCCGCACUCUGUAUGGCUUUGGCGGCUAG